AUCUCUUCAAAGUUCAGAAGGUUGCAAACUUCAUCAGUUAGAACUCGAAGGUUGCAAAAUUCAUCACUUCAAACUCAGAAGAUUGCAAAAUUCAUCACUUCAAAAUCAGAAGGUUGGUGCCUCUACCAUUGGAUUAUCUGCCUAACCAAGAGUAUCUGCAUAGAAUCGACACAAAGUUCAAUCGGCCAGAACGAAAUUAUGAUGGUGGCUUAAGAAAUUCUGAUGGAGGUUUAUCUCAAUUUUGUAAAUCUGGAAAAACCUUAGGAGCUCCAAAACAGCAUGAUCUUGAAGCAGAUAAAUUGGAGCAAGCACAUAUAUACAUACUGAAGAAUUGUGAUGAAGUUCUACCAUUUCUAGAGUUUGAUAUGAAACCAUCAAAGAAUGAAAAUGAGGUGACAACCACUGUGAAAGCUACUGCCAAAUAUGCAUUUGUUGCAUCAGGUGCUAUAGACAAGGGACGAGGGAGAGGGCUUAAAUCUAUAUGCUCUUUAGGGGUAUCUGGACCAGAUAUUCCAUUUUCUCCAUCUACUGAUCAAGUUAUGCAAUACAAACAAAGUGUUGAAACUAGUGCAUUAGCGAAGGGACGAGGGCGAGGGCUUAGAUCUAUGUGUUCUUUGGGGGUAUUUGGAAUGGGACCAACGAAUAAAAAUUUAUUGGUUCUUGAGAAAUGGCAUAUGCAAACUAAUAUUUCAUCUUUUUCAUCUACUGCUGAUGUUAUGAAAUACAUCCAAAAAAAUUCAAUGAGUUCUCUAGAGAAGGGACAAGGGCAAGAGCUUAGAUCUAUGUGUUCCCUUGAAGAGUGUGAAAAUGAGGAGCGAUCCUUCCAUCAGAAUACUCAUUAUACUAGUCAAAGUAUUUCAAGACCUUCUAAUAGUAGAAGAUCAAAUUUUACAAUGCCUUUUGUUCAAGGACUGCGAACAACAAACAAAAACCUUUUGGUUCAUGAGAAAGAGCAUAUGCAAAGUGAUAUUCCAAUUUCUCCUUCCGAUGAGCAAGUUAUGCAGUUCACCCAAAAAGUUGAAACAAGUACUCUAGGGAAAGGACAAGGACGAGAACUUAGAUCUAUGUGCUCUUUUGAAGAGUCUGAAAAUGAGGAACAAUCCUUUCAUCAGAAUGCUCAUUAUGCAAGUCAAAGUAUGUCAAGACCUUCUAAGAGUACAAGAUUAGACUCUACCGUGUUUGCCGCUCAAGGAUUGCGAACAAAGAAUAUUAACUCUUUGGAUAAAUUUGAGAGUGAUGACAUGGAUAUUCAUCGCAAUCAUAUUUUGGGAUGGAUGAAAGAGUUAUGGAACAAAUGGAGAGGACAAUUGCAUGCAAAGUAUGUGAAGGGUAAGCCAAUACAAGAGGCUCUUAAGAAUGUGCCCAAGGGGGUAGAUAAGAAACAAUGGGAGUGGUUGGUAAAGGAACAUUUUGCUACUGAAAGUUUUCAGGCGAGAAGUAAUAGGAAUGCAGCAAAUAAAACUAAGUUGAAGAUGCUUCAUCAUAUUGGUAGCAAGCCAAUUAGAGAGAUUAUUUAUCAAAAGGGCGGAAAAGAUGGCAAACCACCAGAUUUGGCAAGAAUUUUCUUCGAGACUCGCAAGAAGAAUAAGACAUUUGUUGAUCCAGAAAUAAUCAAGAAACAUGCUCAAAUCAAGGAAUUGGUGCAGUCCGAACCGUCACUUCCUACUAUAGAGAUUGUAGAACAAUGCUUUGACCUCAAAGUUGUAGUCAUGUAUUUGGCUUGGGGGGUGGAGUAAAGGCGAAAAAUUUGAAAGGUGGAACUUCCUCAAAAACUGAAUUAUUGGCUAAGCUACGUGCAACUGAAAAUGAAAACUAGUCUUUGAAGAAUCGUCUGUCUAACUUCGAAAAUAAGAUGAAAGAGGUGAGGCAAUUAAAAUAAUUAUUAUUAGCGCAACAAACCUAUUUCCAGCCUCAAGUUCAGGAGAAUGACUAUUCGAAUCCUUGAUGUACCAA